AUGGAAGGACAACAAGACCAAGCAGCUAUGUUCAGGGAUCUGAUGAGAGCAGUACAUGAUCUUGCCGAUGAGUGGUUAAGAGGACUGGAACAGAUCUAUAAAUACAUGGCAUGCACGGAUGCACAGAAGUUCAAAGAAGAAGUGAUGACAAAGUACUUUCCCCAAUCUUUGAGGGAUCGGAGAGAGGUAGAGUUCCUACAGUUGAAACAGGGAAAUAUGUCGAUUGGUGAGUAUGAAAGUAAGUUUGAACAACUUUCUAGGUAUGCUAUGUACCUUGUGGAUAUCGAGCCAAAGAAGGCUAGGAGGUUGGAAUUAGGAUUGCGUCCAGAGGUUGGAGGAAUCAUGGCAUCUCACCAUACGACUAUCUAUAGCGAAGUACUUCAAUGGGCUCAAUCAAUAUUCGAUCGUCUAGAAAUAGAUCGGAUGACCGAGAAAAAUAAUGAAUCUUAUGGAAAACGAAAAUGGAAUGAACUAAUAAAGGGAAAUCAUUUGGACAAUUUAAGAAAGACGAUACAGGAUCGGGAUCGGGAUCAAACAAACCAAAUAAAGUUACUCAACGAUGUCCUAAGUGCAACAAGGCCCAUGGUGGAGAGUGCCUGUUUGGGAAAAACGUGUGUUAUCGAUGUGGUCAAGAAGGUUAUUUCACCCCAGAUUGCAAGGCAUAUCCACCUAAGAAAGAUUAUGAGAAACAACCAUGCAACCAUUCGGUGUUUUGAAAAAGAAGUAAUUUUUCAAAAGCUUGGGAAGGAAGAUUUUCGAUUUUGCGCUGUACGAGUUAAGUCUUUACCUGGUCUCGUGUCAGCCAUGAAGUCGGAAAAGAUGUUAAAAAAGAGAUUUUGCCAAGGAUUUUUAGUGAGUGUAUAUGGAACUCACCAAUCAGAGCUUACUAUUGGUAAUGUGCCGAUUGUACGAGAUUUCAUAGAUGUAUUCCCUAAUGACUUACCUGACGUACCACCUGACAGGCAAUUGGAGUUUACAAUUGACCUCGUACCUGGAGCAACCCCAGUUUCUAAAGCUUCAUACAGGAUGAUGCCAAAAGAACGACAAGAAUUAAAAAUACAGUUGCUGGAAUUAUUGGAUAAAUGUUAUGUUUGA